AUGGCGGGCCUGCAGGACGAGCAGAGAGCCGGCACGCCCUUGAUGGCGGAAGGCAAGGCUGAUGGCGAAGUUAAGCUCAUUCUGUAUCACUGGACGCAUUCCUUCAGCUCUCAAAAGGUUCGCUUGGUAAUUGCUGAAAAGGCAUUGAAGUGCGAGGAGCAUGAUGUAAGUCUGCCACUGAGUGAGCACAAUGAGCCUUGGUUUAUGCGUUUGAACUCAACUGGAGAAGUGCCUGUCCUUAUCCACGGGGAAAACAUAAUUUGUGAGGCUACUCAGAUCAUUGAUUAUCUUGAACAGACUUUCCUGGAUGAAAGAACACCCAGGUUAAUGCCUGAUAAAGAAAGCAUGUAUUACCCACGAGUGCAGCAUUACCGGGAGCUGCUUGACUCUUUGCCCAUGGAUGCCUAUACACAUGGCUGCAUUUUACAUCCUGAGCUGACAGUGGAUUCCAUGAUCCCAGCUUAUGCAACCACAAGGAUUCGCAGUCAAAUUGGUAAUACAGAGUCUGAACUGAAGAAACUUGCUGAAGAAAACCCUGAUUUACAAGAGGCAUACAUUGCCAAACAGAAACGGCUUAAAUCGAAGCUCCUGGAUCACGACAAUGUCAAAUAUUUGAAGAAAAUUCUAGAUGAGUUGGAGAAGGUCUUGGAUCAGGUUGAAACUGAGUUGCAAAGAAGAAAUGAGGAAACUCCAGAAGAGGGCAGGCAGCCUUGGCUCUGUGGAGAAUCGUUCACACUGGCAGAUGUCUCACUUGCUGUCACACUGCAUCGACUGAAGUUCCUUGGGUUUGCGAGGAGAAAUUGGGGAAAUGGAAAACGACCGAACUUGGAAACCUAUUAUGAGCGUGUCUUGAAGAGAAAAACGUUUAACAAGGUUCUAGGACAUGUCAACAAUAUAUUAAUCUCAGCAGUGCUGCCAACAGCAUUCCGGGUGGCCAAAAAAAGGGCCCCAAAAGUUCUUGGCACCACCCUUGUGGUUGGUUUGCUUGCGGGAAUGGGAUAUCUUGCUUUUGUGCUGUUCAGAAAGAGACUGGGCAGCAUGCUUUUAGCACUUAGACCUAGACGACAUUAUUUCUAGGCUUGCUGGCAUUUGGCGGUGGCAGCCCAUCCAGUCAUGUAGCUUCACUGUGUCUACUCCUCCUGACCUCAUGAAGAAUGAUCCUGGGCAAUAAGUGGAAAGCAUAAUUUACUUUACUCUCUGGAUAGUUUAUGUGAGAAGAGGAGAUUAUGAAAUGGUUUUGUGGGCUGGUCAGAUAACUUAUUUAUAAGCCUGAACUAAUCCAUCCUUAAAACGUGUAAACUCAAGAAAUGUCAAUACUGACAGGUAGAGAAUAGACCUUUAGCCCAAAUGUUGGUUAAGGUUAGUUAACUUAUUAUUUUUUUGACAGAGGCCCAUUAUGAUUAGGCAGUAGUAAUGUGACUGCCUAGAGCUCCUCACCUGAGACUCCCUGGAAGUACUGAGGGCGAGUAGGGAUAGUGUUUUCCCUGGGAGCCCAGAAGUCAUCUUUGUGGUGUUUGGGUAGCAACAGGACAUAGCACUGCUUCGUUUUACCACUCCCAGUGGAUCGGAAAGUUGCUGAGGGCAGGCUUCUCACACACAGCAUUGUAUUUGACCUUAAGUACUUGUGAAUCUCACUCACUGAUUUAGUAAGAUUACAUGAUUACACACUUGAGCAUGAGAUGCCCAUUGGAACAUGUCUGUCUGGCAUUUAUGUGUAUAUCUUAUGUGACAUUAAGAUUGUCCCUCACAGUCCCCAAUUUGAUGGCACCCGUGAGCUAUUAUUCCUGUGGACCGCCAUGUUCAGUCUGGGGACCUUGGCUUCUGCAGCCUUCUUAGGCACAAAAAUGACAUGUGGAGGAAUGUCCUAGGUGAUUAGCUGGGCUGGUGUAUGUUUUGAUUUUAUUUUUUA